CGCAGAGAAGCGAAAGGAACCCUCCCAGUCCAUUACAGAGUUAGAAAAGAGAGAGCGGCAGAGAGAGAGAGAGAUGAGGUUGCUAACUCACAACAUGCUGUCGUCGAACAUCAAGGGCGUCGCCAACGGCUUCCCUCUCCGCAUCGAGGUGGAGAAGGUGGUGGAAAAGAAAGUGGAGUUAAACGCCGACUUCCUUCGGAACAUUUUCCCCAAGAUCGAAUGGAAGGCCUUCGCCGAAGCGGCCAGGACCUUGGGCUACGCCGAGCUCCCCGAGGAUGCGGACUCUUCAUUUCUUGGCUCCGACGACUUCUUGGACAAGUUCCACCACGCCCUCCUGGAGCUCCACCUCGAGGAAGGCGCUCUCAUCUGUCCCGAGACCGGUCGCCGCUUUCCUGUCAACAAGGGUAUUCCCAACAUGCUCCUUCACGAGGACGAGGUCUGAAAUCUUAAAUCUACUAUAGAUACAGUGAUUUUUGGCUAAUAGUGUGGGGGUGCCUAGAAGAAAGUGUGUUGUUUUCGGAAAGGAAGUCUCUGUCGUCUGAAGUGGUGAUGAAUAUGAAUUAGGGUUUUUUUUUUUUCGGCUUUAUCAGUUAUCAAUAGGAAAAUGAUAAGGGUCUCUUUUUUCAA